AUGUCCCACAAGUUUGAGAAGUCGGUAAAAGGGGCCACCAAGCUCAAGCUUGCGGCCCCCAAAUCCAAAUAUAUCGAGCAUAUCCUCCUCGCGACCAAAACUGGCGAUGCAGGGGUGGCGGAAGUGUUUCGGAUUCUGCAGCUGCGGCUUCGGGACCCUGCAUGGACCAUUGUGUUCAAAGCUCUCAUUGUCGUCCAUUUUAUGAUCCGCGAAGGCGCAGAAGAUGCGGCGCUGGGGUACCUGUCGGAGAAUCCGAAGAAGAUUGCGCCCAGCAAUUUCUCUGAAGCGCAAGCACAGGGGCAUAACAUCCGGCGCUAUGGCGAAUAUCUCAUUGUGCGCGCCCGAGCAUUCGAAGCGACGAACACCGACCAUGUGAGAAGCGGACCCGGGCGACUAAAGCGAUUGAGCGUGGACAAAGGUCUUCUACGAGAGACGGAAGUUGUACAGAAGCAGAUUCGUGCUCUGUUGCGCUGUGACCUGUUGUCGGAUGAGCCCGAGAACGAGAUCAGCCUGACGGCCUUUCGCCUCCUCACCCUCGACCUUCUUACGCUGUACUCGGUGAUGAACGAAGGCACAAUCAAUGUCUUGGAACACUAUUUCGAAAUGUCGCGGCCGGAUAGUAUCCGCGCCUUGGCUAUCUACAAAACAUUCACCAAGCAGACCGAGGAAGUGGUGCAGUUUCUUGGGGUCGCGAGGCAUUUUCAGUCAGCCACUCGUUUGGAGAUCCCCAAACUCAAGCACGCCUCCACCGACUUGGCGCGUCUCCUCGAAGAUGAUCUCAAUGAUCCCGACUUUGAUCUUCGUCGUCGCGAAUAUCUCGCUGCGAAGAAGGGCGGCCGUCCACCACCAGCGCCCUCCGCCGGUACCACAGCCGCUAGCGCCUCUCCGGCUGAUCCCAAGCCCGCGUCCAGUGCGCCCCCGCAGCAAAAGCCCCCUCCUGCGGACCUCAUGGAUUUCUUCGAAUCCAUCGAACAGAACCAACAACCCCUCGGGCAACCAGCCCCAGCGCAGCAACCCGGGAUGCAGUACCAGCAAACGGGCUUCCAACAACAACCACAGCAAGGGUUCUACCCUCAGCAGACCGGGCUCCCGCAGCAAUUCCAGCAACCCCAGGCGACUGGGUAUCAGCAGCCUCAGCUGACUGGAUAUCAGCAACCUCAACAGACUGGAUAUGGGCAAUCCAACCCGUUUGGAGGAUCUUAUGCGCCGCAGAACCCCAACAAUCCCUUUGGGCAACAACAGCCGCAACAGCCGCUUCAAGCAACCCCCACGGGUGCAGGAUUCGGGGGAUACACACCGCAGCCACAGUCAUAUGACUACCAGUCGCAACUCGCCCCGAUCCCGCAGAGCGGUGUUGCCUCGUACGCUCAGCGGCAACAGCCACCACCACCGGCCGUGCCGAGACCGCAGCAGGGAACGCCGACUAAUCCAUUCCGGCAAUCCAUGCUACCCCAGUCCUCCACAGGACCUUCAACAUCUGCGACUCCGCUCUCCCGUCAAAACACAAAUCCAUUCGCUCGGCGCCUAUCCAUGGCAACUCCGCAGUUUAGCCAAGGAUCAUCGGGGCCGUUCUCCCCGCAGUCUGCUCAAUCGCAGCCUCCACCCCUGCCAACACAGACCCUUCAACCCCAGCGAACAGGCACCAACCCCUUUGCACGGAGCUCUUCAGUCCCGCCCCAGCAGCAGCAGGGCCUGCAGCCGUUGCAGCCAAAUCCCACGGGGAGCACGAACCCCUUCCGCCAGAGCCAGUUCAUCAACCAACAAACGGGCCGAGGCUGGCAGUCAUCCGGACAAACUGGGACAAUGGGCGGAAUGGAACAGAUGGACACCGUCCCGAUCUUCCCUCGGCCAGGCAUGACGUAG